AUGCGCACAUUGCAUACUCAGCUCACAACAAAGUGGAUCCCCAAGAUGGCGGACCUCCUCGGCUCGAUCCUAAACUCGAUGGAAAAACCUCCUACAGUCGGCGACCAAGAAAGCCGACGAAAGGCAAGAGAGCAAGCAGCUAGACUAAAGAAAAUGGAGGAAGAUGAAAAAAGAAAGAAAGCAGAGUUCAGGAAAAAAAUGGAAAAAGAGGUGUCUAAUUUUAUCCAAGACUGUAUAGAACAAAAACGAAAAUACAACCCUAUGGGCAAAAUAGAACGAAGUAUACUGCAUGAUGUGGCUGAAGUAGCCGGGUUGACCUCUUUUUCAUUUGGAGAAGAUGAAGAGAGCCGUUAUGUCAUGCUUUUUAAGAAGGAGUUUGCCCCCUCAGAUGAGGAAUUGGAGGCAUAUCGCAAAGGAGAGGAAUGGGACCCUAAGGUAGCAGAGCAACGUCGUAGACUAAAGGAGCAGGCAGCAUUAGAAGAAGCAGAAGCCCCAAGGUCUAAGAAGUCUGAAACAUGCCCCAACUCUAACUAUAGGGACAAAUACAGUCACCUAAUUGGCACAUCUGCAGCCAAAGACGCAGCACACACACUUGAGGCCAACAGUGCUUAUGGUUGUGUACCUGUGGCAAACAAGAGAGACACACGCUCCAUAGAGGAAGCUAUGAAUGCAAUUAGAGCAAAGAAACGACAAAAACGAGAAGAUGAUACAGGGGCACAAAGUAGCACCUAUUAA